CAUUGAAAUAAUGUCAUUUGAUGCCUCCAAGUUAUCAAUUACAACUGAUAAGUAUGAUAACCACACGUUAUCUCAACAACCAUAACAAAAAUAAUUACGUAUUGAAAUUAUAUAAAUAACCAUAACAAUUUUUCUCUAGCUUAUUCUUUUACUUACUUUGAUUCAAUUUCAACUGAAAUAACUUAAAAAAAUAUAUUUAAAAAUGAAGUUUUGUGCAAACCUUGCGUUUAUGUUCACGGAAAGUUCGAGCCUCUUAGAAAGAUAUGCUCUUGCAAAAGAUGCUGGUUUCAAAGCAGUGGAAACUGGAUUUCCUUGGGGUUAUACUUUGGAGCAAGUUAAACAGGCUAAAGAAAAUGCUGGUGUUCAACAAGUUUUAAUUAACCUUAAGACAGGAGAUGUAGGCAAAGGAGAACUGGGAGUAACAGCUGUACCAGGAAAAGAGAAUGAAUUCAAAGACAAUUUGAAGUCAACUAUUGACUACGCAAAAGCUCUUGGUGCACAAAAAAUUCAUAUAAUGGCUGGAAAAUUAGAAAAUGUAUCUUCUGAAAAUUGGAAGACUUACGAGAACAACUUGAAAUAUGCGGCCAACAUCUUGAAGGAUGAAGGGCUUUUAGGAGUAAUAGAGCCUAUUAAUCAACACUCAGUACCUAAAUAUUUCUUAAGUGACUAUUCGAAAGCUGUAGAAAUCAUUAAGAGAAUAGAUAGUGCAAAUCUAAAAUUGCAGUUGGAUAUUUUCCAUUUGCAACAUAUUUGCGGUGAUCUUUCAUACAACAUCAAGAACCUCAUGCCUUAUGUGGGGCAUGUUCAGAUAGCACAAGUCCCAAAUCGCAAUGAACCAGACAUGGCUGGAGAAAUUAAUUACAAAUACAUACUUCAGCACUUGGAAAACUGUGGCUACAGAGAUUGGAUAGGCCUUGAAUACAAGCCUGCAGGCAAUAGUAAAGAAGGCCUAAAGUGGGUCCAAGAAUAUGGAUACAAUUUGUGAUAUUAAAAUAAUUAAUUGCUAACGAAAAAAAAAAAAAACAGACUUCAGACAUCAACAAGAAAUACAACAUUGUGCCUUCGUAAACAUUGUUGAAUACACCAUAUUAAGAAAACACGAAUGAAAACGAAACAAAUAGAAAGGAUAUUAAUUGAUAUUAGAUUAAAGAUUAGAUUAAAAAUAACAAUAGAUGAAAAGAAACAAAUAAAGGAAUUCAUAAUUAAUGGAUGUUGAUUUACAAUACCUUAGAAAUAAGAUCUUUAGCUCCUUCAGGUACAUAAUCUGGAUACGUCAUGUCAAGUGUGAGAAUCUUUGCAUACGUCUUGUCUUGUCCCUCACUUUCAAACGGUGGCUUCCCCACUAAGAACUCAUAAAGUAGCACACCAAUACACCAGUGGUCGACAGAUACGUCAUAAACUUCACGUCUAAUCAUUUCCGGUGGUAGAUAAUCAAGUGUACCACACAUUGUCUUACGUCUAUAAAUAAUAAUGUUUUUAAAUGAAUUACAUGAAUUUUUUACUCAAUAAGGUUUUAAAAAAACAAAUUUAAAUAUUUUAAAAUUAAACAAAUUAUGUACAUAGACAUACGAGUAGCCAAGUGUCUAUUUAUGAUAAAACUUAAAAUGUCAUUGAGUAACUUUAAGCAUUUAAUAAUUAAUUGUUAUAUUAAAUAAAUUAUAAUAGUAGGAAAACUUCACACAAUAUGAAGCAAUAAGCAAAGUAAAAAAAUAUAGUAUUUAUUUAAUAAUUGUUUACCGUUCUGAUGGAGCAUGGACCGACCAACCAAAGUCCGCUAACUUUAGAUCACCAUUGAAAGCUACCAAGAUAUUCUCUGGUUUGAUGUCUCUGUGUAUUACAUGGUGUUGGUGGCAGUACUCAACUGCAUCUGCUACCUGGAAACGUUAUUAGGAUAUACUUUCUCAACUUUAACUGCAGGACCUUUGCCUUUCGUGAGCAGGUAAACACACCUUUAAAAGUAAAAUGAUUACUAACUGAUGAAUACAACUAAAGAACUGCAUAUUAGAAUGAAUUCUUUUCUUUGUAGAAUAUUGUGUUGUAAAUUAUAGCUAUGCUUACGUGCUCAUUGGAUACUUAUGCUAAAGUACCUUGAUAGAGUAGCUAAUAUAUUAAGAUUAUUAUAAUUUUAUUAAUGUGUUUUUUUUCCCACGGAACAUGAUCUAUUAUGCCUACAUGACCCCCAUUUGAAGGAACAUAGGGAGUUGGACAUCUUUUGUAUAAACGUUCAAAUUUAAAAAUACAUAAUAAAAUACCUGUCUUUUUUUUACACAAAAAAGGUUGGUAAAAAAGUCUAAUGUACAGCAUGUUGUCAACCCUAGCUUCGAUACACUCAAGAGCUGUGGCUUAUAACACGACAAAGAUAUUUCCUAGUGUGCACUACCUCAAUAUAAUUAUUUGCUUUCUGACAAAUAUAUUGAAAUAUCCAUAUUAAGUACUGAUUUAAAUGACUGUCAAGUACUUUUCUGUUUUGAAUUAUCUAAAUAGGUUUGAAACACCAGGAUUUAUAGCUUUUCAACGGUCUUCUUAAUAUUUAAGAAUAAGCAUUGAUUAAAGUAUGUCAUGUUCUGCACUAUCACAUGCUUUUAUUAUAUCACAUAAUAUACAAAUAGUGAUGAUACACAAGUACUAUUAAAGCCUACAUGAAUAAAGUAAAUUUUAAUUUUGAACAUUUUGAGAUAUCACGUCAAAAGAAAUUAUAAUUAUAAAUAAUAAAGAAGCACAAGUGCUGUCUUUUUUUUUAUACCGCUAGAGCGGCAAACAAGAGUAUGGUUUGCCUAAUGGUAAACAAUUACCAUAAGUCUAGGACACCUGCAAUGCCAUGAGCAGUGUUGACGAUCCUUCUUACACCAAUUGAGAGCAGUAUUAUUUAGCUGUGAUCUUCUGUAAGGCUGAGAUACUUGCACUGUCAGGUUGGUCCAGAUUUAAGCAAGAUAUUUUCUGCUAAGUUCUACCUAAAUUAAAUCUUUAGUGAAAACUUGUUCAUGGGUAAGUACUGUAUUCAAAAUUACCUGAUAAAUAUAUUUAGCUGCUUUACUUUCUGGAAACCUGCCUUCAUGUGAAUUUGUCAAAUGUUUAUAUAGUUCUCCACCUGCGGCAAAUUCCACUACGAGGUAGAUUCGUCUUUCAUCAUGGAACCAUGUCAGUAAACGUAAAAUAUUUGGAUGUCUAUUGAAAAAAUUAAAAAUAUGAAAUAAAAAAGUUUUAGAGAUUACAA